GAACUGAUCAAAUUCCAUGGACAAAUAAUGUUUUCAAAUUCAUUUUGAAAUGGCCAAACGAGAGCUUAUUAGAUUCCUGAAUAGAAUUCCAUAGUUAUGUAAUACCAAUAAUACCCUUGCAAUGUCCGUGUAUAUAAAAUCCAAUUUAGGCGCGAACGGCUUAUCAUUUGGACCCACGCAUUUUGUGUGAUCUCUCUUGACUCCAUGUAUGAUAUAUACACACACAAGCAAAGCAUAAAUUGUUGAAUUCAUCGCUAAACCGUUUUUUCAUUCCUUCCUACACAAUUCACCAGAUGGCACAAUCACCAAAGGGAGCAUCUUCGACUGCCAAAUCAAAAGACAAAAAUUCAUUACUUGGUGAUCUGGAUAUUGGAAAUGACUUUCUUAAGUCAUUCAAAUCAGUGUCUAUGGGAGAAGAUGAUGCAAUGGAUUUUGACUUUGGACCUAUCUCCAAAAAUAAGAAAAAGACAUUCAACUUUGACAAUGAGGAUAUGGAUUUCACUCUUGAUACUGAUUUCGGCAAGAUAUCGUCCUUCAACAUUGACAUGUCAGAUCUUGAUAUACCUUCCCCAUGUAAAAAGGAUCGAAAAUCAAAGGAGACAUCAAAAGAAGAAUCCACUGUUGCUGUCAACAAAAAGAAAGGAGAUGGCUUCAAUUUUUCAUUUGAUUUUGAGUUGGAUAGUUUUGGUUUUGGGUCAACUCAGGACAGUAAAGGAAAAGCGAAGAACAAUCAAGAAAAGGAUUCUUUCAGUUUUGGGUCAACCCAGGAGAGUAGAGAAGAAGCGAAGAACGACCAAGAAAAGGAAUGUUCAUCUUCUAAGAGAAGUGGUAAUGAAGGCUCUGGAAGUUAUCUGAAUGAAGACAUUGGUUCGUUAGAGGACGGGGCAGUUCAGAAACACACUGCAUCAGAGGCUGGGAUGACUUUAACUAUUGAUUCUCAUAUUGACAUAGAUAAAAUUCAUGACACCACAAAACAUAGUUUACCAUCAAACCAUACUAUGAGCGAUAAUGAAACUCCAAAAUUGCGAUCUGCUAGCGAUGAAGCAGCACUGGUGAAAGUAAAAAGUUCGUUACAGGAAAAAAUAUCCACUAGCACUCAAGAAACAGUUUGCCAAGUAGAGGAAGGAUCUUCUUUGAUAUCACAGAGUGAAUCAAGGAGGGAUACUCCAUGUUUACAGGAUCAUGUUAAUUCUGUGGCUGCGGAUGCUAGUUUCUUAGGUGUAGGAACAGACGGUAAUAAAAAAGUGCUUUUGGACUCUGACACAAACUAUGAUAAGUCAGUUUUAAAAAGUCCAUCUUUGGAGGAUGUUGCAACCCCAAUGAAGAAUGCUAGUGAAAGAAGAAACUUUGAAAAUGAUAAGCAUCUUUUGGAGACCAAUAAGGACAGGACUGAGACACAUUCCAACAGUAUGUCAAAUGCUACAGAAGACAAUAUGCAAGACAUGAAAGUCUGUAAUGAGACUUCGGAGCAUUCUGCAUCCUCAUUAAACAAGGGAAUAGUAGCUGAAAAUUUGACAGCAGAGAAAAGAAGGGAGACUGGUGUCAUUAGGUCAAAGUUUUUUAUGCCAUCAAUUAAGCCUGCACAGAUGCAGAUGACAACAUCAUUGACUGAGACAAAAGUUUCUGCAUUUAGUAACAAAAGAAUUGGCCCCGUACCACAGAGUCGUCCAGAUGAAAUAAUAUCUCAAGAUAACAAAGAUGAUAAGACUGGGACCGAAGCUGGUUUUCCCCCAGACUCUAGAUCUCUACCAAUGGUUAACCCUCUUCAGACUGGAAGUCCGGAGGGCCACCAAGUUUUAGGGACUACUAUCAAGGGCUCCCAGUUGGAUGGUGCGGAAAACAUAAGAACAUUGACUGGCAAAUCUGGUCCUGAGAAAAGCAAAGCAAGCAGUAAAGAUCUUUUUACUAUCAGUUCUCGGGUAAAUAUUCCUGGCAAAACUCAACAGACAGCUACAUCCACCCCACGCAGCGUUGACAUUCCAAGGAACAUAGCUCCUAUUCCAACUGCAAAGAACACUCUCAAUGGAGAAAAAACACUGCCUAUUAAAGCUGACAGGAGUCUUCUAGAGACAUCUAGCCUGAAAAUUUCAGCAAAACUUGGUACAAAUCCUGAGAUACCUCGGACAAUGUUGCAAAGAAAUAUGAAGUCCUCAAAAACUGUGGACCAGCAUGGUGAUUUUAAAUCUAUUUUACACGCCAAAGACAAUUCCACAGAGACGCUGAAGCAAAUGCCUGUUAACUUGUCUAUGAAGAGGAAAAUACCAGAGCCAAUAACGCAGACAAAUUCGGAUUUGAUGAUCCUAUUUCCAUCAAAGCGUCUUUCGCAAUCACCCAAUGGAAGCAGGGGCUCCUCUGAAGGAACAGAAUGGAUAUGCGACAAACAGUUUCAUGACCAUGAACAUUCUGGAAAUGGUAAUAAGACCAGCGAAUAUGAAAAUUGUCAGAUCUCUUUAUGCAAUGUUCCUGUAAAGAUCAACUUCAAAGAUUUAGGAAGCCCUUCUGCGAUAGAAGAUGACAGUGAUGAUGACAACAUAAAGAAGGCUCAGGCUUUGUCAAAGGAUCUUGAUGAUAUAUGCAACAUGCUAAGGAAAAAGCAGGAGGAGGCAAAAGAACUAUUAGUUCGAGCUGUUGUGAACAACAAUAAGCUGCUGCUGCUUAACCAUCCCAUUUGUGAAGAGAAGAUAUCCUUAUUACUGAACUACUGUCGCAUCACUUCUUUUUCAUAAUUUUCAAUUCUUUAGUUUAAAAUAAGCUGUGUGUGCCUUCACCACCUUGAACAUACACAGGGUUCAGAAAUUCGCUGCUGGGUUGAUGACGAGGAAUUACCAAAUAGGAUCACAAUAAGACAACAUAGAGGUAUUUUUCUCCUCUCUAUGUGUGUACACACCACUGAAAAGACUUGAGUAAAGAUAUUAAACACACACAUCAUACUGCUUUGUUUGUCAUCCAUGCUUCCAGUUCUGUAUAUUCCAAAUUUCCCAGUGUAAACUGAAAAGACAUUCUCUUUGUUUAGUAUGCAUGACUACUAAUGCCAUGUAGUUUCAGGCAGAGCUUGCUGCUGCAUGUUCUAAUGCAAUUGCAAAGAAUCUAUUUUCCUUGCAUUCCUCGGGUGAAGAAGCAUUGACUACGCAAGCGUAAAAGAAAACAUUGCUAACAACAAAUUAAAGUGAUUUUUGAGCUAGAUUACUACCGGAGGCAGAUUUCUGGCUGAAGGGGAAAUCAAACUUCUACUAAAUUUCAAGUAUCCCAUACAAUUCUGGCAUUCUAAGAAACUAUCCAUGUACAGGUGUUGGCAGUUUGCUUAUAGCACCUGAAGAUAUUGCACCUUUUGUUAUACUCUUUACACCAUGGUCUUGUGCUUCUUUACAGAUUCUCCCUCUUGGGCACCUUAUAAAGCAGCACCAAAUGAGA